GCCCAGCGCAAGGGGGGCCCCGAGCGGGCCGCGGUUGACGGCGUCGUGAGGGCCCCCGGCGGGGCGCCAUGGACCUGCUGUUCGUGCUGCUCCGCGGGCUGCGGAUGGCGCUGGACCUGCUGGUGCUGGUGCUGGACGUGAACUUCUUCCUGGUGUCCUCGCUGGUGUCGGCGCUGCUCUGGCUGCUGGCCGCCGCCUGCAGCCUGCCCUCGGCCGCCGCCGCCGCCGCGCUGGCCUGCUGGGACGGGCUGCUCUUCUCGUUGGCCUCCCUGGCCCGGGCGCUCUGCUGCCUGGGGAUGGGCGUCCUGCAGGAGCUGGCCGGCCUGCUGCGCUGCUGCUGCUGCGGCCUGGAGGGGCUGAAGGUGGCCGGGCACCUCCUCUGCCACCUGGGGCUGCGGAGCAGGGAGCUGCUGCGCUGCGGGCUCUGCAGCCUGCUGGGCUGCGGCCAGGCCCUGGCCAGGCAGGUGGGCGAGGGCCUGGCCAUCGGUACCAGCCUGCUGGCCUACCUCGUCAACAGCCUGGUCAACGUCUGCCUCAUCGGCACGCAGAACCUCUUCACCCUGGUCGUGGCCCUGUGGGACUCUGUCGCCAGCCCCUUCCUCAGAGUCACGGACCUGCUGGCCGCUUUCCUGGCGCACGUCUCCAGCGGUGCCAUCGCUGUGUCCAUCCUGCUGUGGUCGCCCUGCCGGCUGGCCCUUGAGCUCCUCGCCUCCUUUGCUGAGCUCUUCAUCAACAUCUUCUUCGUGAAUAUUUACGGCCUGGGCUUGCUCCUCCUCAUUAUUGUGGUCGGCGCCUUUGUCUUCAACCCUGGGCUGCUCUGGACGCUGACGGACUACGUGCUGGGCUACUUUACCACACUGCCUUCCUACCACCGCCUGCAGCGGGAUGCGUGGCGGCUUUAUCAGGUGGCAGUCCUGACGCUGGGUAUGGUCAUGACCUCCCAGGCCUGGCGCAGGUUGGUGGACUGGAGUCUGCAGGUGACCAACUGGAGCAGAGGAGGCAGAACAAUGAACCGGGAAAGCAACCAGCGAGGGGCAGCCGCGGCCAUCCCGAGACCCGCAGCCCCUGGUAGGAUGAUGCUGGCAGGGGUCAACCAGCUGCCAGCUGAGCACGAGGACCAGCUUGACGCAGAGCAGGUACCACAAGCACGUCCCGCUCUGAGUCGAAGUGCCCUGGCAGGACAGCGUCGCCAGCCGCCCAGGGAGGAACCAGGCACCUCCUGGGGGAAAGCUCCGAGGAGGCAGCAGCUGAACGCAGCAGCUGGGAGCGGUGAGGGCACUCCAGAUGAUGACCCCUGGAUGCUCUUGAAAGAACAAGAGGAACGUAAGAAAUGUGUUAUCUGUCAAGACCAAACCAAGACAGUCCUGCUUCUGCCCUGCAGGCACCUGUGCCUGUGUCAGGAGUGCACGGAAGUCCUCCUGCAGCAGGCCAUCUACCAGCGCAACUGCCCGCUCUGCCGCCAGAUGAUCCUCCAGACACUUAAUGUGUACUUGUGAGCCCAAGGGGCGGGUGGCUUGGGUCAUUUUCCCAAGAGGUCAAGGGCACCCUGGUCUGCCUCUUGUGGGGAAGAACUUCCCAUGGCUGCCUUGAGCAGCUUCCAAAGAACUAAGGAUGGUACUGAAAGGGCAAAAGGCUGUUGGGAGUGACUGCUAGCCACACCUGCUACCUAACUAGAUUGUAGCUCUUGCUAGCAAGCACAAUAACUGAUCUCUGCAGCAGGCUGAAAGAGUUACCUUUUUUUGUUGACAACUUUUGCUUUUUCAGGGCCUGUUGCCUGGAGCCUGCAGCAGUCUGAGAUCCAAAGCAGAGUGCAGAAAGAUGCUCUGGUCCCUCCUAGCCAAAGCUGAAGGAAAGGUUAAAGGCUGUGCUUUCCUGGGAAUCACAGGGGCUGGUGCAAGGCAAGGGAGGGGUUUUCCCAAGGUCUGACCAGAAAACUACCUGGUAAACUGCAUUCAGACCUCACUUUCCUCUCCCUACCACCGAAGUGGGGGAGCUCCCUGGAAAGGGAGAAGUGUGCCCCUCUUGCAAGGCCCUGGGAGAGCUAAUGAGUACAGUUGAGCUUUUUAGGCUUUGCUACAAGAAGGCUGAGCCUGGCUCUCAGCUGGAGAAGAGCAGGUUUUCUGGGGUACUUCAGUAUCCCAGCCACCACGGCUUUGGUUUUUGAGCUUCCUAUUCCCCUUGCCAGGACAAUGAGGAGCUGUGAUGAACACAGGCUCCCUGCAGGCCAGCUGACUGCAGAGCUCAGUGUUGCUGUCGCUUCCACGCAUCACCUAUGCAAGACUAGCAAGCACACAUCAGGUUACUCGCCUGGGGAGGCCGGAAGGUGUUACUCUUUCUGCAGGGGUGGUGGUGCUGCUUGGGGAACCUGAGGGGUGGCUGGCUGGCCAGUGCUCAUAACCCUGGCAGCAGCAGCAGCAGCAGCACACGUCUGAGCCAAUGCUGGAGAAUCCUCUCUAGAUAACACACGUUUUCUUCAGGCUUGAAGUGCCAUGGAGCUGGUGGUUCACACUAGUGCUUGCUUGCUGCUUCCCAGCCUGGGCUGGCUAGAGGAAGUAACUCUUUGGGAGAAGAGGGGACACCCCAAAGCUCUUGGGAACCCACUCAGACAUUCCAGCUCCAGGCACGUGUCCUGCAUAUCCGUGCUGCAUAUCUGCAGCGUGCAUGGAGCAGUACCAGGACCAUGGCUAUCUUUGAUUAGGGCAGGGUUACACUGCUGUAGUCUUACUAUAUGUCAUAUAUGUAGCUAGUUUUAUUUAAAAGUGUCCCCCAAAAUCUAAUGAGGGCAUCUAAUCCUGGCUGGGAAGGCCUGAGAUGGCUCAUUCCGGCUUGGUCAACCAGCACCAUUCCAAGAAAUUGCUGGGCUGAAAGAGAGCCUUGCGCUAAAAAACUUUUCCUUUUCCAGCUGCUUGCCUGAGGUCAGCCACGUGCCACAUUUUGGCUGGAGCCAGACUGGAAAGAGUCUUGACUCCUGCACUGCAAGCCAAGAGCCUGAGGGCAGCUGGCAUGGUCUUCCUUCUCUAUUCUCCUUGAUUAGUGAUUUAAGCCAAAACAGAGGCAGCAGAGAGGCCAGGCCAUGCUGUAAACCGGAGCUGUGGCAAGAUAUUAUCAUGUUGGAGAGUGGCUUUGCUCUGGGAAGUGCUGUAGGGGCUGGUUACUCCUAUGCUUUCUGGGGGGCUGGAGGGGCUCCAUGGGCCAAGCUGGGCUCCUGACCAAUAAUGGGUGUUAGAAGGGCCUGACCCCAGGACUGUCAGCUGCUUCCACUUUACAGAGAUGCAAAGCUCCCUGCCCAAGCCCUCUUUCUCAGCCUCUUGUCCCUGUGCCUCCCCAGAGAGACACCACCCCUGUUAGUGUUUGCUCUCUCCAGCCACCUGUCCCGUGGCACUUGCAGUUGAGUAGCCAAGCCCUUGCCAGAGCAGCAAACGCAGCCACACAGGCUGUGUUCCCCAGGGUCCAGCUUGACCCAGGCACUUGCAGAGCUGCACCAUUCCCUGGAUGUGCCCCUAGAGACAGCCAGGAGUGAGAUCGUGGCCGUGCUUCUGGCUGCAGGCAGUGGUGUUUGGUUGGGACCAGCUCAUGGACCUCAGGGUGCAGUGCUUCCUAUGUGAAUUACAGGGGGGAAGGACACCUCCCCGGGACCGCAGUUUCUCCCCUCAAACCCUUUUUCUAUUAUAGUAGUCAUGCUUAUUGUUUUAAGGCCUGUUUAUUUGUUGUCUGUUUAUUAAAAAAAAGUUUAAAAAGAAAGCUUUGCCUUAAGUUUUAACUCUUUGCACUAUGGACUAGAUACUGAGCAGAUUAAAGUCUCCUUUACCAAAAACUG